AUGAAGGGUUUUAGACAGAGAGUGCAUGAGCAAUUGUCCCGGGCGAAGGACGCCAACAAAUCUUCGAAAAAGAAAGACGCCGCCAACUCCUCGUCUUCAACCCCGGCCUCCCUCGGUGUCCCUCAAACACAGCAAGCGGCAUCUCCUGGUCAAGGCACACCUGCCUCGUCUCAAACUUCCCUGCACGAUGCGCGAGGCAAGUCACCAGAUAGCGCAUCGCCGGCCACUACACCAUCCGCAAGCACUCCGGCAGCUCAGCAUUAUAUAUCUCAAGGAGCCAAUGUCGCCGGUUCCAAUGCGAGCAACGGUCCAGGUACACCUACGAGGCAGGGACAGCCAGUAGCACCAAGUGUGAUCAUCAGUCCCAGCGGGCCGGCUCCUCCUGGUGCUGCGGAAACCAUGCCGGGUGACUUGGCGCCACCCCGGAAGUCCCAUGUCUUCGAUCGCCUCCAGACGACCCCCAAGGAUAUGUCAGAGGGAAUUCGGACCCCGAAACGUCAACAUUCAUCGCGAUUUGACAUUUCUGAUCAACGUCAGCGGGAGCUGGAGAAACUACCUGGCUUUCACGAAGUGGCUCCUAACCGGCGCCAGGAUCUGUUCAUGCAGAAGAUCGACCAGUGCAACAUUAUCUUCGACUUCAAUGAUCCUACAGCUGAUAUGAAGUCCAAAGAGAUCAAGAGACUGGCUCUGCAUGAGCUUUUGGACUACGUAGCGAACAAUCGAUCCGUGAUUACGGAGCCCAUGUAUCCUCGGGUUGUUGAAAUGUUUGCCAAGAACCUCUUCCGGCCUAUUCCUCCUCCUAUGACACCCCAGGGCGAGGCAUUUGACCCCGAAGAAGACGAGCCUGUCCUCGAAGUGGCAUGGCCUCAUAUUCAGGUCGUCUACGAAUUCUUCCUCCGUUUCAUCGAAAGCCAAGAUUUCAAUACCAAUAUUGCCAAAGCAUACAUCGAUCACCAAUUUGUGCUUCAGUUGUUGGACCUGUUUGAUUCGGAGGAUCCCCGUGAACGUGAUUUCUUAAAAACGACCUUGCACCGCAUUUAUGGCAAAUUCUUGAAUCUGCGAUCUUACAUUCGGCGAUCAAUCAACAAUGUCUUUUUCCAAUUCAUGUACGAAACGGAAAGACAUAACGGAAUUGCUGAGCUGCUUGAAAUUCUGGGUUCCAUCAUCAAUGGAUUUGCGCUGCCUCUGAAAGAGGAGCAUAAGCUGUUCCUGACCCGAGUUUUGUUGCCGAUGCACAAGGUGAAGAGUCUCAGCAUGUACCACCCACAGCUGGCUUACUGCAUCGUUCAGUUCUUGGAAAAGGACUCAAGCCUGACAGAAGACGUCGUUCUCGGGCUGCUUCGUUACUGGCCAAAGACGAACAGUACCAAGGAGGUAAUGUACCUCAACGAGGUCGAGGAUAUCUUCGAGGUUAUGGACCCCGGGGAGUUUGCCAAGGUUCAGGAACCCCUUUUCCAUCAACUGGCUAAGUCAGUUGCCAGUCCGCACUUUCAGGUGGCUGAACGUGCCCUCUACUUUUGGAACAACGAGUACUUCUGUAAUCUCGUCAGUGACAACGUGGAGACAAUCCUUCCCAUCAUGUUUGCACCUCUUUACGAAAAUUCUAAGGGGCACUGGAACCGGACCAUACACAGCAUGGUGUACAAUGCUAUGAAGAUGUUCAUGGAAAUCAACCCUCAGCUCUUUGAUGAAUGCUCCCAUGAAUACACCGAACACCAGAACGGUGCCGAUCAACGAGAAAAAUCCCGCAAGGAUCGCUGGGAUAUGAUUGAACAGCAGGCGACAAUGAGAAGAAAUGGCGCUCCACCACCCCCGGCACCUGCGUUGAGCGUGCCGGAGCCCAUUGAUGAGGUCGAAGCUUUGACCAAUGAAAGCCAAAAGCGGUUGAACACGCUUAAGAUCCAGGACGAGUCCGAGGCACCCAAAGAGCGGCCCACUCGUGAAGGGACCCCCACGUCGGUGAGUUCACAGCAACUCUGA